UAAUACUGACAUUAAUCACUCCCGAGGAAAAAAAGGCGAUGAUUAAGAAUUCAAAAGACGGGACAAAGAGAGAGAAAAGCGUGGAAAUUAGGAGGUGGGGAAAAAAAAAACCGUGCACGGAUUUUCGGGAGUGACGUUGUUUGAAAAGAGAGAGCGAGAGAGAGAGUGGGAGAGAGAGCGAGAGUGGGAGAGAGGAGAGACGGCGCGAUAACAGUGUUUGCCCUUCUUGGACUCAGUUUUGUGACCGGCUGACGGACAGCGCACGCGAAGGACGAAUAAACUUGAGGCAAUCCCACCGACAUCCUGAGGGUGUUCAACCCUCGGCGGGAAACUGAAUGAGACACUUGAGGAGAGGAGUGGAGGGAAAAAAAGCAGCGGAGAGAAACUUGGUGAGAUAGAGGGAGAUAUCAGGCAGCUGGGAAAAAAACAAAAAGGAGAGGAGUGACUGACACCUGCCCUCCAGCUCGGUGUGAAGGGCAUAUAAUGGGAGAGUGAGAGGAAGGGCAUGAGGAGAGGGAAAAGAGAGGAGAGAAUGAAGACAACCGGAAAACAAGGCCUGCCUCAAAGCAAACCUGUCUCCAAUUAGGACAUCUCACCACAAGACAAGAUGAUUACGAGAAAUUUCCUCUUCUUGGUGUCCUUGUGUCUGUGGGAGGGGCUUGCGAGAGGUGCCUCAGCCAGUAAAAUUUUACGGAGGAGAGGAGUGGGCGGAUCGCACGUGGUGAAGCUGGGGGAGAGCCGUUCUAUGGACUCGAACGUGGAUUCGAAUGCAAUGCCCGUGGUGACUCUUCGAAACCUGAUUAGUCACGAGCAGACGAGCGACGCCGGAUCUUUUUCUUACUCCAAGAUGUUGCAGAAUCAUCCUGCCCCAUCUGUAGCUAAUAAGGAGAGGCAAACUUUCAAGCCCAAGCGCGAGGUUGACUCUGUGGCCCCGCGCACAUUGGCCCCUAACAAGGAGUUGACCCAGGAUGGGAAGAAAGUUAAAAACAACACCAAGAAUGCUGACUCUGCCAAGACAGGGAGGUCAGAGAAAACAUUCACAGUUCAUCAUAAGCCAGAUCUUCACUCUAAUAAAACCAAGUUUAAAUCUGGCUCCAGGUCCAAAGGCAGGCCUGAUUUCAGCGUCCAUACUACGGGCGUGCCAGGGAAAGGUUUCAGCAUAGACUCGAGCCGAAAGCUGAACCUCACCGGCAGUUACGGGGUGCUGAAGCUGCUCUCAAAAGACAACCUGGUUAGGAUUGUCAAUUCCCAAAUGCAGAGCGUUCCCAGCCUGAGCUUUCCGAGCAAGGGCAGUCGGAGCAGGAAGCGAGAUUUGAUUGACGUUAAUCACGGACAGCUAGAGCCUCAGAAAGUGCCGAGACAAGAUAUAGCUGUCACUCAGUCUCAUGCAGGAUAUGAUAAUCAGACUGCAUUUCCUUAUGCGAGCCCUGUCGCCACUACAGAUCUUAAUCGGGACCGGGGCCCUGACACUCGUAUUAAUCCGCUAAGUGAAGUCAAGCCAGCUUUAAGUAAAGGGCAGGACAACUUGGGAAAACAGGGUUCAGAUAGCGGCGAUAGCAAGAGCAAACACUUUGCUCGUUUCCUGUCAACACCUCGCAGCGAGGUCAGUUUGAGCCCUGAGAAAGAAGUAAUGAUCAGCCAAACAGAACGGCCAUUCACAUCGACAAAACAUCUCCCGCCGUACGUUCCCUCUGAAACAAAUGAGUCUCCUCCGUCUGUGCUGACAAUGCAACCCCUGGGAGUGAGACCGGGGAACAGAGCAGCAGAUUCCCGUGGAGACCCAUUAACAGAGUCAGCUCACACUGCUCAAACAGAUCUCAGCACAGCUCAGUACUCUGCAGAUGAAGACAACAAACUUGUCAACAGCAGUCAUGUCCUGAGGCUCCACCCUGCUCACGAAUGGAGCCGCGUCGGGGAAGACACCGAGAUGCACGGCGCGGAUCCCAAAAACGCAAAGGGCCUCGUAUUUGAAGAGGCAGAGUCAGAGGUGGAAGAGGAGGAGCGCGACCGCAUGGAGGUGAAGGGGUCACGGUCUCGCAGCAGGAGGAGCUGGAUCUGGAACCAGUUCUUUGUGAUUGAAGAAUACGCCGGGCCGGAACCUGUGCUCAUCGGCCGGCUCCACACUGACAUGGACAGGAAUGAUGGACGCACAAAGUAUGUCCUGCGAGGCGAGGGGGCAGGCUCGGUCUUCGUGAUAGACGAGAAAACAGGUAACAUCCAUGUCACCAAGCCGCUGGACCGUGAGGAGAAGGACGAGUAUCGUCUCAUCGCCACGGCCACCGACAGGCAGACCGACCGUGCUCUGGAGCCCUCGUCACAGUUCAUAAUUCGGGUGCAGGACAUCAACGACAACCCGCCUGUCUUUGAUGAAGGCCCCUACAGCGCCACCGUACCUGAGAUGGCAAAUAUAGGCACGUCUAUAAUCCAGGUGACGGCGACAGAUGCUGAUGACCCGACGUAUGGGAACAGCGCCAAGCUAGUGUACACACUGGUGCAGGGCCAGCAGUACUUCUCUGUCGAUCCCCAGACAGGUAUUCUACGAACGGCUGUACCCGAUAUGGACAGGGAGACCCAGGACCAGUACCUGGUGGUGCUUCAGGCUAAAGACAUGGGGGGGCACCUAGGAGGAUUAUCUGGGACCACCACUGUAACCGUCAGGCUUACUGAUGUUAAUGACAACCCACCACGCUUCACACAGAGUAUGUGGUCCUUCUCCGUUUCCGAGCUGGCCAUCCCGGGCGCUGAGAUAGGACGCAUCUCCGCAACGGACGCUGACCUGGGUGAGAACGCCAAGCUGGAAUAUACCAUCCUGGAGGGGGAGAGCGGGGACACGUUCAAUAUCACCGGAGUGAACCAAGAGGCAGUCAUCACGCUCAACAAGGCCGUAGACUACGAGAGUCGGAGCUCCUAUUCGUUCUCUGUUGAGGUCCUUAACCCCAUAGUGGACCCCCGCUUCUUACGUCGAGGCCCAUUUAAAGAUCGGGCUUCAAUCCGAGUUGCAGUCCUGGAUGCGGACGAGCCACCGAGGUUCUCUCGGGCCAGAUAUCACAUGGAUGUUUCAGAGAACUGCCCGCCGGCCUGCACCGUGGGCCGAGUCAGUGCAGUAGACCCCGAUACUGGUCUGACCAAUAAUAUCAGGUUCUCCAUUGAUCCUCAGUCAGACCCAGAGGCUCUGUUUCGUAUCACACCGGAGACCGGUCUCAUCACCACAGCGAUGGAGCUGGACCGGGAGCGUGAGCACUGGCACAACAUUACAGUCAUCGCCACCCAGAGAGACAAUCCCAGCCAAGUCUCCAGAGUUCUAGUUGCAAUAGAGACCUUAGAUCUGAAUGACAAUGCACCUGAGCUGGACAGGCAGUACAACACAGCCAUGUGUGACUCCUCCUCCAUCGGACAGGUGGUGCAGGUGUUGCGGGCGAUUGAUAGAGAUGAGGGUGGGAAUGACAGCACCGUGUAUUUCAGCAUCCCUCCAGAGUCCAGCGCUGCCCUCAACUUCAGCGUCAGGGACAGCGGUGGCCCCACAGCCAGCUUGGUGUUGCUGUCCCAGAUCCAGCCACUGUCCCGUUCCCCAUCCUCCACCUUGACCCUCUACGUGCCGCUCGUCCUGAGGGAUGGGACGUCUGGCCUCACCAGCACUGGGACGGUCACUGUGUCCGUCUGUCCCUGCCUGAAAGGAGGGGCACGAGCCGGGGAGAAAGACAAGGACAAACAGACCGAGGGCGAAUGGGACUGGGAGAGAGAAGCGGUGUGUCUUCCUCAGCAGUCCACACUGCCCUCCCCUGGGCUCAGUACAGCUGCCUUGCUGGCUAUCCUGGCUUGUGUUGCUACAUUACUGGCGGUGAGUGCCCUGUCAUUGUCGCUGCGGCGUCAGAAGCGCGACUCGCUGUCACCGCUGGAGGAGGACGACGUACGCGAGAACAUCAUAACGUAUGACGACGAGGGCGGAGGCGAGGCCGACACAGCUGCCUUUGACAUUGCCGCCCUCCAGAGUGCCCCGCACAGCUCGCGCUCACGCGGCUAUCGCACGCUGGACAGCAGGAACGUUCGUUACUCACAUCGUGGUCAAGACAAAUCUCGCACCUAUAGCUGGGCUCAGAAUCCAGGCGUGGAUCACAACUACACAGGACCGGCAGGACCCCUGUACGGUCGUCUCUGCUACAGCAGCCACACGUUACCCAUUCUCCGUCGCACCCCAGGAGGAACGUUCGAACCAGGCUUGGCGGAGCUGGCGUACCGCUUUCCUGGAGGCCAGCCGGACCAUUCCCUGGUUAUCCAGAACCAAGGGGCCAUGGUCGGGCCGAUGGAGUCUGGGGCGGUGUACAUAGCUCCAACGGAUCUCAGCACAGGAAGUCGAACGGGGAGUCGGACGGAAAGCCGCGACGGGACCGCACCCCAGAGUGGGGUGAGCACGUCUGACGGAGGUACGCCGAGAACCAGCGACAGCCAGGACAGAGGAGGAGGAGGAACGGGAACUGCAAGCAACUGUACAGAAGGGAGCAGUGAGGACAAAGUUAACCUCAGUCAAAAUGUGGACUGGGUGCAGUCGGAGACAUUGCCCAGGGAGCACAACCUUGUCAUGACCCGAUCCGGCUCCCUGAUUGGCCAGGGUCACGGCGUAGGAGGCUGGGUGUGUGACUCGGCUACCCUCCCCAUGGCAGGACGCAGGGCCUCUCGUACCGGCAUGUCCCCCAAACGCACAGGUGGCAUUGUGGCUGAAUCUGACUCUGGUGGAGGAGGAGGAGGAGGAGGAGGGGGGAGUGGAGGAGGAGGAGGAGCAGGGGGAAGUGGAGGUGGAAAUGGAAAUGGGAUCACCUCCACUGAUGGACAACAACAACCACCUGCCAGUGGACGCAACUAUGCCACUGUCCUGCAGGGGGAGGUAUCUGGACAGAGGGACUACGCUGGCACUCUGGGGAGAGGAGGACUGGAGAUGGGAAGCAACUUUGUAGUGGCAAGGCCAGACAGAGAAAGUGGAGGAGUAUCACUGACCGGGACUCCAUCUGUCUACCCAGAAGCACCUGGCUUUAUCGGGGACUGGCGCGAUCGAGUAGGUAUGGGAGGGUAUGUUUUGGGCAGGAGGGAUAUGACCCCUCAGCUUUUGCCCUUCCCCGGGCAGCCUCGGGCAACAUAUGGCAGUGUGAUGGGCUUUGGGGCCAACUGGGUUCCAGGAAUGGAGGCAGCCAGAGGGGGACCAGGGCACGGGGGUCCCUCCUUGGCUUUGCGAGUGGGUGAGUUCCUACGUCUGCGCCUUGCCCAGGUCACCUUUGAUCCCUCACAGCCGCCGUACGACUCUGUGCAGGUGUAUGGCCUGGAGGGAACAGGGUCCAGGGCUGGAUCCCUCAGCUCACUUGAGAGCGAAGGGGAGAAGGAUUCAGAGAAGGAGGAUUGGGGGGCGGGGCUGGAAGAGUGGGGUCCCCAAUUCCAGAAAUUAGCCCAGCUCUUCAAAGACAGGGAGAAAGAGAGGGAAGAUAAGGAAAAGGUUGACGAGGGUGCCAAAAAAGAGAAAGAAAUGAAUGAGGAGCCCGAGAAGAAAGUGAAAAAAGAUGGAGUGCGGGCUGGAGAAGAGGGGAAAGAUUGAGGAAGGAUAUAAAUGAAACAAAUAGGGGCAAAAGGGGGUAAGAGAGGAAGGGGAGGAAAAGAAGGAUGAUGAAAAGGCAACUUGAGCUCGAAUAAUGUGAAGAGAAGUUAAAGGGGAGAAAGAUGAAGAGGCAAAGUAAUAAAAAGAGACAGAGAAAAAUGAGCCUAGGGAGGAUGGAGAAUGCGAGGGCAGGGGAGGGAGUGAUUGAUGUAAUUUAUAGCAAUAAGUGUUGAAACGCUGAUAUGGUUGAGCACAGAUACUGAGACAAUGCAGAGCCUGCUUCUGCUCGGGGCAGCAACAAUUUGUUAAACGCUUUGGACAGAGAAAAACAACUCAAACAUCCAAGACUCGAUUAAAUUCAGCUCUCACGUAUGGAAUGAGAAACAGCAGGAGGCGAGAAGGAAGACGUCUGGCGCGCCGAUCUGAUCCCAGUGUCUGCGUGUGUGAGUGUUUGCGUGCGAGAAAAGUCGGUGAGAAGUGCGUGAGAACACGUGCGCGACCAAGCGCGUGCCGUAUGCGUGCAUAUUUAACAGAGAUGGAGCAAAAGAGAGUGGCGGGGGGAAAUCGAAAUACCCAGAGACAAUUUUCGAGAUGAGACUGAUGACUAAUGCUGCGUAAUGCCGCAACAUUAGCUUUCAGGACGACGAGGCAGGGAAAAACAGUUAACGACGAAGUUUAGAAAGUAGGAUAAGACACAGGGGAGGGAAAAAAAGUGAUGUUUGACUAUAAAGGGAAUGGGCGGCAAGGAUGUAUAGAGAGAGAAAUGGUCUUGGAAGUGAGAUGAUUGUACAGAAACUGUUACUUUUUAUUCCAUCUGCAGUGGCAGAAAAAGUGAAUUAUUCAGCUUGCUACUCCAUUCCAAAUGAAAAUGAUGAAUCAUUUAAAUCCUGCAAAAGAUUCUCCCUCCUCUCAGCCCACGAGGAAAAACAGACAUUGUGAAAAAUUUAAAUGGUUUAGGGAUAUGAUCCCCCUCCUCCUCCCCAGACCCUCUCAUUCUUCGCCCCCCGUCCCACCCCCAUCCCCCCCAGCUAUUUUGUAGUUGAGUGUUGGUAUGUUUACAAAGAUUCACACACAAACACACGCGACGACACAAAAGAACUGAUUAACACCACAAGGCUUUGAUUGUACUACAGUAAAUUACAUAAGCCGAACCAUCCACGAGUAUUCUGUGUACCAUACGGGGCCGUGAGGACUCUGUUAUUGAUGGCAUAAAUGUGUCUUUUUUAUGAAAGAAGUCUGCUUUUUUUUUAAUUUGCCCACCCCACUCCCCCAGUCUCACAUGCAUGAUUUUACAACAACAACAAUAAAAAAAACCCCACAAAAUCAGUUUCCACUCCAAACGCUUGUACGGCCCAAUGGAACAUUUCCACAGAUCUCUAAUGAAAUUGUAGUGAAACACAACCACAGACAGGCUUUUUCUUUUUCAUUUUAUUUCUUGUUAAAAGGUCAGGAUGCAAAUGAGCUGGAGAUUUCAGCUGGAAUGCACUUUUAUACUGUGUGAUGUUCAAUAAUAGAUAACGAAUCAUGUCGAAGAUUACAGUUGUUUUAUAAGAUGUCAGCUAAACGAAGAUAUCAUGUUUGACUGUAUGUAAAAAAAAAAAACACACAUUUGUAAAUACCACUAAGUAUUACUGCUAAAAGAGAGUAUAUAAAAUUUAAAAUGUGUAAAAAAAUAAAAUAAAAAAUGUGUAGAACAGAACUUAGAUGUUGAAAAUGGAGCACUGUUGGGAUUACCUGUAUGUACUGUAGAUUAGAAAUGGAUUAACUGCGCUGGACUGCCUCCUGGACUCAAAACAACACCAUGUAUUCAACAUCUGUGUUUGGGUUUGCUGUGUGCUAGCUCUUCGUCUGAGAUGGACAAGCCAAGGAUUCAAUUAUACAUGUGGCCUCUGGCAGAAGUUUGUUGUGCAAAAUAUUAGUUACAGGAAGCCUGUGAGCUAACCUGUGCCAGUGAACAUCCAAUUUGAUGAAAAUCCAGUGGAGUGAGGAGAAAUCCCCCUAAUGGGUAUACAAAACAAAACAAAAAAAGUCACAGUGUUCCCUAAAAACUGAAUUAAUAGCCUUCAAAAGUGGAAUAAAUAGGAUUUAUAAUAAAUUUUACACUGCCUGAGAGAUGUGGAGGUUUUAUAGAUAGUUGCUUCUCUUGAAAAAUAUGACAAACACUACAUUAAGGAAAAGUGUCUUGUGUGCAUUUCAGGCAAUGCAAUUCAAAUGCCAAAUUACUGAUGCAUUAUGGUCUACAUAAGCAAAUGUUCUUGCGUGAAAUGACAACUUAGCUCUAUAAUGUAUUUAUUGCUACGGUGGCCCUGAGAGGUUAGAUGCACUGCAACUUAAGGAAACACCAGCAAGUAGAAAAACUCUACAAAAGUUCACAAAUGACAGCAAAAGUUUAAAAAAACACAACAGAAAAAGAAAGAAAAGUGUUUUUGGGGAGACAGCAACGUAACGAAACAGCUGCUGAUGAAGUAAGACACAUUUAAAAGAAACGAUUUGUCAGUGUUGCAAAGGAGAAAAGGGUGCAGGCGAUGUGUUUUUUAAUCUCACGAUUCGCAUAAUACUGUAGAUAUAGGUUUGCUAGUAGCCGUUUACUGUUAGCUUGUCAUGUUAGCUGUUCUGUUAUGAUAUUGUCUCCCCAAAAACACCGACAUUGUCUUUUGUGAGUUGUCUUUUUAUUUUGGAGGGUUUUUUUAAUUUCUUGACCUUUCAUAAUGUUUUUAAAAUUUCUCUUGUGUUUUAUUCACUUCGAUUCUGUUUUGUAGCAUUUUUCUAUCUGCUGGCGUUUCCCAAGUUGCAGUGCGUUUGGCCUUUCAGGGCCACCAUAUACUAAGCCUGAAAGUUACUUUAGUCCAGAGAGGAAUUUAGCCACAACUUGAAUGUAUGGACGUCUUUGGCGCACCAUCGCAGAAGUGUCACUGUUUCAUUCUUUGUAAAGUCACACCAGGCUGCCAGCUUCGCUAGUGUCCGCCAGUUUGGUCCACCAUAAUCUUGUUGUCAAGGUCUUCUGCAGCAUUUUGUUAACCGGACGAGAAGCCGGUGACAUGAAACAAAACCCAUAUGUGUCUCUCUACCCUUUACCUGAGCCACAGACUUUUCCAUACAGUGCCACUGUGCAGACUGGACAGUGUGGGGACCAAUGUACUGCACAAUAACCAGAGAAGACAGGGAGGGGGGUGCAGAACCUCAGGGAGAACUGAUUUGGGAUUCAUUUGGAUGAUGAACUGUACCUCCAAAAACUUUCACCUGCUAUUUUAGAAAACAUAUUUGGACUUUUAGACACUCAGAGGACAGAUUUUUGUUUUUUACAACAUGUCUUCAUUUUUGCUAUAUCAUCAGUAAUAUCUGUUCUUCAGCUUGUAAGGUCGUUUCAAAGACCUAGGAGGUGGAAAGUUUUUGCUAAAAACACUGAACCUUGCCAGUGACUUCAGUCAUUCACGUCAUUUAUAUUAAUUAAGAGUUAAUGCAUCUGAGAAGCUCUCAAGAGGGCCUCUUGACAAACCUGUUGGAUCAAAAUAACACAGAGAAGCUUCUCUAGUAAUUUGAACUCAAACAUAAAGAAGGCUCAGUGUUCUGUUUGUAUUUUGAAAGAUCAAUGUGGGUGAAAGAACUUUGCUUUGUGUACAGUAUCCUAGGGAGCCGUGUGAACGAGGCACUAAUGUUCUUCUGACUCAUUUUUGGAGGUGACUAAGCAGCUUCAAGUGCAUUACAAUCCCCUGUAAGGUGCAGUAGGAUGGAUCUGAUUUGCAUUUAGCCAGUGAAUACAAAAACACACACUCCGUUUAUACCCAAAACACCAACUUUAAGUAAUUUGAUUACAUGUAUUACUUCCAGUGUAAUUUGAUUAGAUAAGUAUAAUGUAAAAUGUUAAAUUUAAUCAAGUCUAGUCAGAUGAAAUCUACUUGAUUGGCAUAUAUUCAGUUUAUACCAAGCAUAUCUUCCUUAAUAAUUAAUUAUCUGAAUAAGGAAAUAAAUAUUUGAUUUUAUAUAUUUCAGUUGCAUUUUACUCAAAAUGAUUGCUUCUUUUAUGAGGUCAAAGAAUCAUUUUGGGUGUAGAAGUGGAAAUGAGAACUGAUUCAAUCAAACACACAUUCCUUUCCGAUUUGCCUUCAACUAAUCUUCCUAACCUGCUGGUUUUGACUUCGUUGGACGUCAGGUGAGCACAGUGAGCUGAAAUAAUGGUCAAAAUUACAGUUACAAUUUACAAAAGCCAUUUCUAAAACAAACAAAACCAGAAAUAUCCUUUAUUUAUCAUUCAGUCGGAAUAAAAAGUGUCAAAUGAUUAUUUCACCGGUGCACCUAACAUGACUUAGAACCAGUUUGCAAUGAGAAUUACUAAAUUAUAUGCGCAGUGUUCUCCCUAGCAUUUAUCUCUAAUGUGCCAACUUUCUCAGCCGCUUUUCCCCAGAACACAUAUAUUAAGACUCGCCGUAUUUUCAGAGCAGUAUCGUUUUGGGCAGACAUUUUAUAAGCAAUUAGCAUGCUAUACCAAUAAGUGACCCUGCGUACCGUUCUAAUUAUAUGGUCUAUUCCUCGGUCUUGAUUGGCUCCAGGUGUCUCAUCUCUGCUGAUUCAAAGCUUUGCUUUGGCUGAUUGGUCAAAAUCAAAGUGAUGAUUCUCCUGAUUUGUCUUAUUUCAGAGUUCUGGAGUGCUGUGCCGACUAAACCACUUGACAGAGCUGAUUAUCCCACCUCCUGAGCCCGGCAAAUUGGUUCAAUCAAAAGCGUGAUUAGUUGAAUCAGUUGUUUUAAAUAGAAUAAAAGCCUGAAGUCUCCGCAGCACUCCGUGGCUCUUUUUUUCACUCUUUUAGCCGGCUUAGGUGCACCAACAGAGGAAAGCGGUCCAUUUCUCACAUCUUCCCCUGAAUGAGCCUCGAUACUUAGGAUAGUGAAGCUCCACUUAAAGGACGAGCACAGAUACCUUAGUAUCUAGUUAAUGUAUGUAGCUCAAAAAUGCAGAGUAAAGGUCAUGACCUCCGGCCUCUGACCCUAAACAGAUCCACCCUCAUUGGUUCUGCGCCCACCUUCCCCCCGUGACUUCAUUGCUCCUGCACGAUGUUGAUACAACUCCACAAUUGCGUGCUGAACAAAGUGUAUUUAUUUCUGUUGUACUUUUUCUUUUUGUAAAUUUGAAUAAAAAAGGAACUAUUUCAAA